AUUAAUUAAACAAUAAUAUAAAACAAUAAUAAAGAGUAUAAAAUUAAUAAAAAUUACAAUUAUAACAUUGUAGAUAUAUUGUAAUAUUAAUCAAUAAAAUGUCACAAAGUCGUUUAGAAAAAAUUGGAACAGUCUUUAGCAGAGUAACAUUAUUAGUAAAAGGUGGUGCUAUGAAGCCAGAUGAUAAACCUUUAUGGUACGAUAUAUACAAAGCUUUUCCACCAAAAUUAGAACCCAGAUUUGACAGACCAGCUCCAAAUAUAGCAAUAAAAGAUAUUUUUUACCAAGAAGAUAUCAUCAGAGCACAAGAGAAAAAGGAAGGUGUGGAAAAAGUGGAAAAAAUUGGAGAAAGCAAUAGAAAACUAAUAAACAUGGAGCUGUUUUCAGAUAAAGAUUAAUUUUUUUCAAUUACUCAAAUAGAAGGCUGUGUCAAGAGUAAUUGUAGUUGAAUGAAAUUUAAAUUUGUUUUUUUUUUAAGCUUGGAAUAAACAAUAAAAAAUAAAAUAAAUAA